AGUCUCGCAAACGUUGUAUCCGGCAGUGGUGGUGGGAGGAAGGAUGACGCAACUUGACAUGUCGCUAUCAAUUGCACGUAUAAUCGCACUUCUGCCAGUUCUGCCCAUUUAUUUAUCACUAUCGCUAUCGACCGGACGGACUUCAAACUGUUUUUCUAUUUCUAUCAAACUGUCACUGGCCGGAAGCGUGCAACAGAGGGGAUUUCCAGAGGGGAAGAAUCAGGACGAAGACAAUACUUCGACUUGAACGAAAGAAGAUUGAUCGCUUACUCGACAUCAUCAGCCGCUUGAGAGACGAUCUUCUUGUUGCGAUUUUUUAAUACUUUCACAACGAAGUCUCAUCAGAGAUUAUUGUCAAUCGGAAGAGAAGUUCAGUUUGUCAAAAGCAAGAGGAGACGGAAACAUCAGUCACGAUGGUGAGCGUGAAUGUUAACCGCAAUGUCAGUGAUGCCUUCUACCGUUACAAGAUGCCGCGGAUUCAAGCAAAAGUGGAGGGCAAGGGAAAUGGCAUCAAAACGGUAAUUGUUAACAUGGUGGACGUAGCAAAGGCGAUCGGCCGUCCAGCCACAUAUCCAACCCUAUACUUUGGCUGCGAACUGGGUGUCCAGAUACAAUUCGACUUCAGGAAUGAACGCUUUAUCGUUAACGGUUCGCACGAUGCCACAACACUUCAGGAUUUGCUGGACGGUUUUAUCCGGAAAUAUGUUCUCUGCCCUGCUUGCGACAAUCCGGAAACCGAGCUGAUGGUCAGCUCAAAGAGGGGCGCAAUUUUCCAAGAUUGCAAGGCUUGCAGCCAUCAUGGUCGCAUCAUGGAGCGCAACCACAAAUUGAACACGUACAUUCUAAAAAAUCCGCCAAGCUUGAAUUCAGCAGUGCAAGGUAGUUCAUUAACGGAAGGCAAUCGCUCGAAACAUGUCAACGAAGAAGCUGCGACUGCGGCCACUGCUGUCACUGCCAACGACAAUGAUCAAUCUGGUUCUCUGGAAAAUGAGCUCAACAACUCUGCAGACAUCGUGGUGGAACCACCGCCUGAAAGAACGGUGAGGAAUAAACUAACAAAGAAAGGAUACUUAACAAUGACAAGUAAAACAAUCUUAAUAUUAUUAGGGGCAAUUGCUAUAGCUGCUAGUGCAAUACCAACAGUAACCACUGCAAGUCCACGUAAAAGACAAGAACCAUCACAAACAUCAGAAGAAAUAAGAAAAACAAUUGAAAAAACAACUGAAGGAGAACAAUUAAUUGUCAUUGAUGAUGAACAAAACAAUUUCAGUAAUUUAAAAAUGAGUAAUAGUAAUGAACAAGAUCAAGAUAUAACUACUCCAUCACCUGAAACAAAAGAAAGAGGCAGAAUUUCUACUGCAACUUUUCUAGGAAUAUUAGCAGGUCAAGCAAUAUUGAUAAUAAUUAUUUGUCAAACAUGUGGAGGAUCAUGUAUAGGUAUCCUAUUAAUUGGUGUUCUUAUUAUAAGUGCCUUUGGUCUUAUAGUUAGUUAUUUUUACUAAAUAAGUAUAAAUAAUAAUAAGUAAUAAAAGUAAUUAGUUAUAAAUAAUUAUAAAUAAUAAUUUAUAAUAACUAAAACUUUUUAACGUAUAGGCUAUAUUAAUAUAAAAAAAACUUCAAAUAAUGAAGUUUUUUUAUUUAUUUCAUAUUUCAAUUAGUUUUACUAAUAUAAGAUCAUUUUCCUUUUUGAAAUUAUUGUUAACUUUAAUAAUUUUUUGUUUAUUAUUAUAUUAACUAUUAUAAAAUACAAUCUCUCUGUACGUGGUAUGGUAUGUUUAUAUUUUUCAUUAUUUUGAACUUUCUAACUCUGUCUCGCAAUAUUGUGUUGUAGAUUAAGCUCUUUAUUUUUUUGUUGAUUUUUUAUUUUCCAGUAAUAAACAGGUUUAUUGAAGAAUUACUA